CACCAAUCUCUCUCUCAAGUCUCAACAUCUUCCUUUCCGUAACAAAAGAUUCUCGCUUGUGUCUUACUUUAUCGUCUCUCUUCCUUUUUGCCUCCGAUUGGCUGAUUUUUUCUAUGGCCGCUUCUUACCGAAGCACCGACUGGUUUCCUCCUCCUACUGGUUCAGUUACGGGAUUAAAUAUGCUGGAGAUGGAUAUGGUAGAGAGGCUAAAUACUGACCAGAGUGUCCUCCAAGAUCAGGACAAGAUUAGCAGUCGCCCUGCAAGUUCCCGCGGUUUUAACACAGAAUCAUUUCACAUUGGAGGUUAUGAUUAUGCAGCUGAUACUCCAAGGUCGUACCAUUCACAUACGGAUGUCCCAAGCAUUGAAAAAGUUUCUCCUGGCAUGCGAAAUGAAAUUGUUUACCAUGGUAAUGGUGUACCAUCAGAUUUUCAGAGGUCAUCUCUUUCUACCAGAAAUCAAUCAUCACUGCAGCAUUAUAGCGACCUCUAUGCUGAUGAUAUAAGACAUUUCAUUCCUUUUGACUUAUCAAGUCAGCAGUAUCCAAACCCUGAACAUAUUCAUCUUUCUCCGGAGUUUCACAUGUUCCAAGCGAACUCUAGACGUUUUGAUAGGCAUGUGAAUGAGAGAAACAGUAGUGAGACUGAUUAUGUGAUGCGAGCUAGGGGAAAUUUUGGCUUAAGAAAUGAUAUAUAUGGAGAACCUAGGGGUAUGAAUCUCAACCCCUUCAGUGGAGAAAACAUGUUUCCUCCAAUGGCAUCUACCGGAACAUGUAUGAAGCACCUUGGUUCAGCAGAAUUGCCGGCAAAUGACUUCAAUAUGGGUCCAGCACAUGGAGUUUUGCAUGAUGCUUUUGAAUCUGCUGCAAGCUUAAGUUACAGAGAGCAAGCUUAUACUCAAUGCAAAAGAGGCCCUUUCUCUGCUUCUUCUUCUGGCCCAACUUGGGAGACUGAUUAUAACUUGCCACCACUUGAUGAAGCAAGAAGUGGAAGCUACAAUGACUUCUGCCACUGCCCUGCCAUGCUUGAUCUGCUUACCGAGAGUAACAGAGGUCCGAGAGCAUCCAGGCUAAACAGUAAAAGUGAAAUGAUCACUUAUGAUCGUUUUUGUCAACAAGAAUUGCUUUCUCAGUUCAGGGACGCAAAGUUCUUUGUUAUUAAGUCAUAUAGCGAGGAUAAUGUGCACAAGAGCAUAAAGUAUUGUGUUUGGGCAAGCACUAAAAACGGAAACAAAAAGUUGGAUGCUGCCUAUCGUGAAGCAAAGAAAAAAGAAGUGGCAUGCCCAGUCUUUCUCUUAUUUUCGGUAAAUGCCAGUUCACAGUUUUGUGGAGUUGCUGAGAUGGUUGGACCGGUUGACUUCAACACAAGUGUAGAGUACUGGCAACAGGAUAGAUGGUCAGGACACUUCCCGGUCCAAUGGCUUAUUGUCAAAGAUGUUCCUAACAGUCUCUUUCGUCACAUCAUAAUUGAAAGCAAUGACAAUAAGCCUGUUACUAACAGUAGAGACACCCAAGAGGUGGGACUGGAACAAGGAAUAGAGAUGUUAGAUAUAUUCAUUAGCUGUGAGAUGCGUUCUUCGAUCCUCGACGACUUCAACUUCUACGAAGAGCGACAGAGAGCGAUCCAAGACAGAAAAGCCAGACAACGUGCUGUUCUUGAAGCGCUCGCACUUUCUGCAACCUCUGUUCCAGCACAUCCCACAUAUUCUCUCCACGACGAAUUUGUAAGGGAAAUGUCCAAGCACUUUGCAGAGGCUUUGGCCUUGCAACACAGACCCAAAUAGACCUCUCUUCUCUGUUAGGACUUGAGAUUGGCUGAGGUUUAAAUAUGGUUUAAUACUCUAGAUUUUGUAAAUUUGAUCACGGACUUAAGAAGCAUAGGUUGUAAGAUAAAUUCAAGGUUCUAAA